AUGAGCUUACAAGAGAUUGAAGAAUAUGAUUUAACCAUCACUUACGAGCCAUUAAAAAUUGAUCCUGAUCGAUUAGCAAUCCAUGGUAAUGGUCAACAUCCACUGCCAACAAUAAUUUGUUAUUCGGGCGACUUGAUUAGAGUAAGAAUAAGAAAUAAUCUUGAUGGUGGUAAUAGUACAAGAAAAAGAGGCAGCUGUGAUGGUGAUCCUAACGCAAUCUCUUUACAUUUUCAUGGUAUUUUACAACGUAAUUAUAAUGACACAGUUGAUGAGCACGGAAAUAAAAUUGAUAAUGGAUUGGCAGAUGGCGUUCCAUUCAUUAAUCAGUGUCCUACGUUACCCGGAGAAACUUAUUUAUAUGAAUUCAAAAUUGAAAAUCAAAUAGGAACUUACUUUUAUCAUUCGCAUUGGGAGAUAUCUACGAUAACGGGACAGGGUGCAUUUAUUGUGAAAGAUACUCCACCAAAAGAUUAUGGUGAUUUUGAAGAAUAUCCAUUUACAACCGCCAACGUCACCACCUCCAAUAAUAAUAAUACAACAGCAAUAAUAAAAGAAGAAGAGGAACCCUUUAUGAUAAUGUUUUCAGAUUUAUGGGCUAAAAGCGAUGAAAUAUUGGCAGAAGGAUUAAUGGAUCCACAAAAUUUUACUUGGGUUGGUCCACCAUCUGAUCUGUUGAUAAAUGGCAAUUUUUUAGAUGAAACGGUGUUUCUAGUUGAACCAAAAAAAACUUAUCGUAUUAGGAUUAUUGGUGCAACUACACUCGAAGAUAUAGUUUUUGAGGUUGAUGGAUCAUAUGUGAAGCCAGUGACAGUUGACUCAUUACAAGUAUCUCCAGGAGAAAGAUACUCGGUAUUAAUUACUACAGAUCAAACGCCUGGAGAUUAUAAUAUUUUGAGUGAAAUCAGAUUACGUAGCGAUGUAACAACUAGUAAGAGAGAUCCAAGAGCAACUCUAAGAUAUGUAACCUCGCCACCGCUACCACCUUCUCCAAAACCAGCGAGUGUUCCACCGUUGCCAGUACCAUAUAUUGUACCAAAACUUGAAAUGUUGACAGACAGUGAACCAAUGCCAAAGAAAUCCGAUCGUACAUUGAUUAUGACAACAAUACAACUUAAAUCACCAGUAGUAAGAUGGAGCGUUAACAACAAUGUAUUCAAAGAUUUCAAAUCACCCGUACUAUUGGAUUUGAUUAGCGGUGCGAGAUCGAGAGAUGUUGAUUGGAAUGCUCUAAACAGUACUACUGGAUAUGAUAAGAAUCGUAAUACUUAUCCGAUCAGAGAUGGCGAGGUUAUUGAUUUGGUGUUUCAGAAUGUGGUCAACGCACCAGGAGGAGGGGGGUGUGAAUAUCAUCCGUGGCAUUUGCACGGUCAUAAAUUCUGGGACAUUGCCUUUGGAAAUGGCACGUAUCCAAAUGGAUUUGAUAUAAAAAAUGUUCCAGAGUAUCCGGUGACAAGAGAUACCACAAUAGUUUAUCCUUAUCCAAAAAACGAUGAAUUAAAAGUUGGCGAUGGGUGUGGAUGGAGGUUGGUUAGGUUUGUAGCUGAUAAUCCUGGAGUUUGGGCUGCACAUUGUCAUAUUACACCUCAUAUGAUAAUGGGUAUGAUGGUUGUGAUUGAGGAAGCAAUUGAUAAACUACCAAUUAUCCCUUCAUUGCCAUUAAAACCAACUGCAUAA